AUGGCGGGGCAGGGGAGGGCAGGGGGGACGAUUGACCUUGGUCGCAUUUCUUCGUUUUAUUAGCUUCGGCGGUGCUAUGCGUGCGUGAGUGCCUCUCUUGAAAAACGUGCUUGAAUGUUGGUGUGUGACUCUCCGGGACGGAGAUGUUGAUUGUGCUGGUCAACAAUUGCUGUUGGUUCGGUUCAUUUCUAACCUUUUCUUCGGUCCAGCUCACACGUUGUGUUGUGGUUACCAAGUGUUGUGGAUGAUUUAGACGAAAGGUCGUACAGAUCGAAAGUUUACCUCUUGCCCGAGAAUGAGCCUUUUGCGUCUCCCGACGAUGGUUUGUAUCGUCAGGGUAGCGGGAGCGGGCGUCGACUACAGUCUGAUGCCACGUGGUACUGAAUACAAUCGUGCUAUGGUGUUCGUCAGCGACGUCGUGCUUCAAUCGAUUGGGUAGGAGACGGGCGGUGACGUUACGUCGAAUCACCGGGAGAGCUGCGUCGCCUUGGAACUUGUGGGAACUUGUCGUGACGGAGAGCAAGCUAGACAUGAUCGCGUGGAGGUUUUUCUUUUUGA